GCUCUACGUCAUCAAUUUGAUGAGCGCUGCCACGGUUACCAUGCGCAUCUUUCAGCCCCGGGAAACGAGCAGCUGCGAGGCAAGACAGACACCUGGACCCAUUUGUGAGUCGUGUGAACUGCUCGCCACUUGUGUGCAGCACUCGAACGGCUGGGUGAAUAUACCCGUCGAAUCGUGUGAUGUGGCCAACGGAUACUAUUGUAAUGUGCGCCUGGGCACGUGCUCGAAUGCCACUGGCCCCUGCCAUCCGUUUGGCAUUGUGGGCAACUUUCAGUGCACUUCGCAGGGCAUCUUCCCGGAUCCCUACGACUGUCAGAAGUAUCACAUGUGCUACUUUGUGGGUGCCACUCUGGUGGCAGCUGCUGUCGACUGUGGCAAUGACAAAGCCUUCGACGCUCGCACCGGCCAGUGCUCAAUGACGCUGGAGAGCCGGGUGUGCACUCAGCCGCAGUACCACUGUCCCAGCGUGGGCUAUGUGGCCGCCUGGCCCAGUAAUCCCAACAUAUUCUACGUGUGCAAGUCGACGGUGAAUCAGAUUCUCAAUGAUUCUGUCGUCAUUUAUCCAUCGCUGCAUCGCUGCAACGACGGGGAGAUCUUUGCGGAUUUCGUCUGUCGUCAAGGAAACCCGGGCCACCCCUCCAACCCGUCCAACCCGGACCAGCCCGAAAUUGUGGAUCCCAACGAUGACGGCUUCAGUGUAAUGCCAGGCAAAUGCGCACACGUCGGUCUCAUGGCCGACACGCACGACUGCCACAAGUACUACUACUGCUCCGCCCUGAAUGGGACGAUGCGCCACUUGGAGUGCCCGGCCGGCACCUACUACCGCAAGGAGCAGUCGGCCUGUGUGCUGGGCUCUUGCUAAAUCUUAAAUAGUACCUAAUUGAUUUUUCGAAACUCUGUUCUCUUUUGGGCUCUAAUGAAGCAUCAUUAACUAUUAUCUUUUAA